AUUGGUCCGCAUCGAGUAAAGGCGGAAGUCUACAGAGCAGGGGGAUUCCCCGAGGGAAGUUCCCAACUCUACCAGGCUAUGUAAAACAUACAUUAUUGCCAUAUCCUCUCCGGAGCUUCGUAACUCUGCAUCUGAACAUUUGAGGACGACGCUGCGGUGUUGUCGAAACAUUAAAUUCGACUUUUUCAGUUACUCGAAUGAAGGGCUCAUGUCUGCUGUGUCAGUGAUGAAUGUGGAGCACAAGGCAUGGAAAGGAACAUCGCAGACCAGCUCAACAAAGCUUUUGAAGCUUAUCGCCAGGUCUCCAUCGAAAAGGACAAUGCCAAAAAGGAGCUGCAGAAAAUGACUGAAUAUUAUGAGCAAUACACUCAAGAGCUUCAGAAGCAGAUAGAAGACCAGCAGCGGUUGAUUACAGAACUGGAAGCAAAGUUGUCAGCAACAAGGCAACCAUCAGGAGAGAUGAAAUGUGAGCCUUGCAACCAUCUCCUUGAUGGGGCCAGGACUUGUAGGAAAACACAGUAUCCGGAGAAUAUGGGCACUGUUGCUGUUGCUCCCACUUUGCCAGUCAACAGCAGCGUUGACUAUCAGGACAUGCUGGAAGCAUUUGAAGCAAUUCAAGGCAAAUUCCGACAGAUUCGGUCUUUAACAAGAAGACAAAAAGACCACCUAAAAAGAUUCCAUGGAGGAAAUGAUACAUCAAACGAUCAGCGGUUCUCCAUGCCCAUCCAGUGCACAGAUCGUACCGCAGAGGCAGAGAGACCCUUUUCCACAGCUCUGAGAUCAGCCGCGGAUAUCCUGCCUGCAUCUCUAGCGUCCCGCGGCGCCAGCCAGGAGGACAGGGACUUGGUAGACUCUCUCACCAAACUCAGUGUCAAAUUCCCACCCUCUGCAGACAGUGAAUAUGACUUCCUGAACAGUGCUCCGGAGCGACACAUUGGUCUGACCAUGCCCAUGAAGCGGCCUCUCACUAGCGUCUCCUCCACACUGACAGAGGAGGAGCCCGUGGAACUGCCCAUGCCUUUUGUCUACCCUCUCCCCUCCCAUUCAACAUCAUCCUCGCUCUCCCAGGAGAGUGUGCGGGGACCCCAGCAGCCUCUCUGGAGCCCUGAGCUGUGUGAUGCAGUUGACGUGGGGACAGAGCUGGCGACGCCUCAAAGCAGCAGUCCGGAUAAAUGUGCUUUCUGCCAUGCUGUGGUUCCUCAGGACCGAAUGAACAGCCACCUCUACUUGCAUUUCUCCCCUAAGAAUGAAGCCGACGAUUGACAGUGGAAACGGAGACUGAUGGGCGAACGCCUCAACUACUUCAAGACUUUACUGUUUUCAUGGUCUAGUCCUGCCUGCCAUGAAGUACAUGCGCUGUAUUGGAUUUGAAAUGACACUGCAAUAAGACUUGAAUCCAUUUAUUUAAGACUGAAGAAUUGAUGGUACACUUUCUUGCCCAUUAUAUUUUUCUAAUAUCACGCUGAGAUUUUACAAUGAUGCAUAUGGAGCAAAUAAACCAACAUUUACUCUUGCAACAAUUUUUAGCAUUUGGAUUGUUUUCAAACGUGCAAUUGUAAUAAUAUAUAACAAGUUGGCAUGCCAGCAAAUGCAUCAAUACCUAAAUAGCUACAUUAGGUUUAUUUUUUUUUACAUUUUAUACAUUUUUAUUUGAAAAAAUUCAAAACAAUUUCCGUCUAAAGACUGAUGGUAGUUGAUGCAUUAGAAUUUGCAAUAUUUUCUACAGAAGCACUUUGCCCCUCGUUUAUGUUGGCUUUGGGAUUUUAUAUAUCAUUAAACAACCAUAUGUUAUGUAAAGGAAAUGCCAGCUAUAUGCACCAAACCAUGUCAACUAUUCUUAUGCUUUUUAAGAAUGGUUGACAUGUUGAUUAGCACUAUUUCCAGCUGAAUUCCCUUUGUUCCUCUACUUUCAAUACGUCAAUCAUGAUAAUUUGAAACAGCUGUAGUUCAUCCUUGGUUUCGAGAUAUUUCCAACUUCGAAAUCGGUUUAAAAGUUAGUAUGCCAUGUGCUCAUUAAGAUUAUCUCCACAAAAAUCAUUGUUCAAUUAGAUAUCAAAUUAGCUUGCUGGCUGUUUAGAUGUGGUUUUUAUCUCAGGCAGCUUUUGACUGUAUUUAUGUCGGCACAGUAUGAGGAUUUUACUCCAGUUGUGCUAUUUAAAGAAAUAAUUGUAGGUAUGCCAGAUCUAAAUUACAUUAUGAGCAACACUGUAAAAAAAAUGGAAAACUGACAAUUUCAUGACAUUUUAAAGCGAUUUCACAGUGAAACAUGAGAAUAGUAAUUUGUAAAUAGAAUGCUCACUGUGUGUCAAGUGCACAUUUCACUGUGUGUACGUUACCUGUUGUUUGACUAAAUCUGAGUCUCCUAAACAGUAGCAUCGACUUCCGACUUCUGCAGCAUUUGUUCACACCUUCACGAGAAAUUGCCGUGAUUUUCACCAUUCGGUGUGAUGAUGUUUGAAGAAACGGGGACGCUGUGUGUUGGAACACUUUGUUGUGCAGUGAGGCCCUUGCAGACCUUCAGCAUUGGGCUGGUAACACUUGCGCUGGGUAGAUGAGCUGGUGUGAAGACGACAAACAGCAUUUUUUUUUUCUCGUCUUUACAAGCGCUGAGUACUACUCAUUUCAAAUAAUCAAAUAUCCUCGAAUAGACUGAUUGAUUUCUGAACUGAUAUUUGCCGCUGGGUCUUUCUCCGUCCUUCAUGAAUAGAUCAGAAGGGUGUAAAAAAAAUGUCACUUUAUAAUUCUGUCAACUAUAUUCAACUAAUGAGUCAUUAGGCUAACAUAGAGCACUACUCAAGCACAUUAUCUACUUAAAUGCAAGUAGUGAAAAUACAUGCCAUUUGGUGGAUAUACAAAGGUGAAAAUUACAUAUUGAUCUAAUGUAAUGUGCAAAUCAUAAUUCCUGUUUAUUUUGGAGUGACAUAAACCAAAUAAUUCUGCAUUUCACCUCAUCAUGAACACUGAGGGGAGAAUUUAUUCAGAUUUUUUUUGGCAAAUACAUAUCCCUAAUGAUCCUCUCUGGUUAAUCUGUGAACAGUCGAACAUUGUGCAGCCUGCAUGCUUUUCUCUCCGGGAUCAUGAACAGCUGCUUGCUCAUAAUUAUGUUGUCAUUCAUUGUUAUUUGGAAGAGGAAACUCGUACUGACAGCUAGGGUUUUUUUUAUGUGUGUGUAUUUCCGUACACUAUAUUUACUUGUGUAUACAGUAAUGUGAACAGUUUGGUUAAAAUUCCACUUUAGCUCUAAGGCUUUAGCUCUAGUUAUUGCUAUCAUUCUCAGUGGAGUAUAAGAUCCAUCUUUGUCCUUGGGACAUUUGCUACCAGAGCUGGUAGAUUUGAGAUUUAAGAGCUAUAAAAAAAUUGGACCAAAAAAAACGGAGAAGGAUAUGGAUUGAGACGGAGAAGUAGCAGGCUGAUUACAAGGUGUCAAAAUUGCCAGGAGCAAGAAGGUGAAAGCAAUCAGGGGUGAGAAGAGUGCAGCAUUCGUGAGGGGCAACUAAUUAUCCAUCUCAUUUGUGGAGAGAAGCAUUUGAGGCAGCUCUAGCCCACUGAAUGGUGACAGAUUGGUGCGGAGGAGAGGGGAGGUGUUAGAACAAUGGAGCCCAGCUCACCAUCAUUACUGCAUGCUAAUCAGCAGCGCUUCUGCACCGCCAGUCGGUGCUGCAGAGAGUUCGGGGAGACAGGGAAGUCACCGGCUUCAGGGGACUGUGGUCCGGAAGAGAGGGAGGAAACUGAUGCAUGGUUUAGCUGCUGGCACUCUACCACUUCUUAUUUGAGCGUGUAGGUUAUCCUGCAGAGACUGAUCUCUGUGGUCUGUGUUAUCAGCUUGCACUUGGAAAAUGAUUGCACUGGGAGUGAUGAGAGUGUUUUUCUGUACAUUGAGUGGAAUAUGAGCUCACUAUGUGGUGUAAUGCACAUUAUACAUGUGGAGAGUGUCAUUAAAAGUUUGAAUAAUAAAUAGGAAGCAGCAGAAUAA